AUGACGUCCAGAGUCCCAGCCAUUGUCUUGGAUCGCCUCAGCGAUCGCGCCAAAGAGGCGCUCGACCUCGUUGCGAAGUUUGUCGAGGAAGACUGCAUUCCCGCAGACCCCGUGCUGGAAGCCCAGAUCGGCCAGGGCGACGCGAGAUGGGACCACCACCCGGCUAUUGUCGACGACCUCAAGGCCAAGGCCAGGAAGCUUGGCCUGUGGAACAUGUUCUUGCCCAAGGGCCACUACAAGGAGUCUCCUGGCUUCACGAACCUCGAGUACGGCCUCAUGGCCGAGUGGCUCGGCAAGUCAAGGGUUGCGUCGGAGGCUGUCAACUGCGCGGCGCCUGAUACCGGUAACAUGGAGGUGCUGGCCAAGUACGGAAACGAGGAGCAGAAGCAGAAGUGGCUCAAGCCAUUGAUGGAGGGCGAGAUCCGCUCUGCAUUCUUGAUGACUGAGCCGGAGGUUGCGUCGUCCGAUGCUACCAACAUUCAGCUUAGCAUGCGCCGGGAAGGUAACGAAUACGUCUUGAAUGGCUCGAAAUGGUGGUCUAGUGGUGCCGGUGACCCUCGGUGCUCGAUUUACAUUGUCAUGGGCAAGAGUGACCCCAACAACAAGGACCCCUACAAGCAACAGUCCGUUAUCCUAGUGCCCGCAGAGACCAAGGGUAUCACCAUCCACCGCAUGUUGCAGGUCUACGGCUACGACGAUGCGCCCCACGGCCACGGCCACAUCAGCUUCAAGGAUGUUCGUGUACCUGCUAGCAACCUUGUUCUCGGCGAGGGCCGCGGCUUUGAGAUCAUCCAGGGCAGACUUGGUCCCGGCCGUAUUCAUCACGCCAUGCGCACCAUUGGAGCCGCCGAGCGAGCUCUCGAGUGGAUGCUGAUGCGCAUCAACGACCCUACCAAGACUCCCUUUGGUAAGCAGCUCAGGGAACAUGGCGUCAUUCUCGAGUGGGUGGCCAAGUCGCGUAUCGAAAUCGAUGCCGCACGUCUCGUUGUUUUAAACGCAGCCAUCAAGAUGGACGACCACGGCCCGAAGAAGGCCCUCAAGGAAAUUGCCGAGGCCAAGGUCCUCGUCCCGCAGACGGCCCUGACAGUUAUCGAUCGGGCCAUCCAAGCCUUUGGCGCAGCCGGUGUCUGUCAAGACACGCCGUUGGCCAGCUCGUGGGCAGGCAUCAGGACGCUACGUCUUGCCGACGGCCCCGAUGAAGUGCACCUGCAGCAGAUGGGCCGCAACGAGAACAAGAGAGGCAAGGAGGUGACGGAGAAGAUCCAGAGACAGAAGCAGAAGACGGAGCAGCUUAUGGCGCAGUACAAGACCAAGACAGUGCAGCCGGGAGCUAACAUCAGCCGGUCCAAGUUGUAA